AUGCAGAGUGAGAAGUGGCUAGCAUACGAGAACCUUAAAGAAGAAAUAUUAGAGAAGAUAAGGAAGAUCGAGGAAGAACGUCACACUGUCGACCUCUGGUCCUGCGGUGCAGAAUGGGGCAGGAAGAGGCGCAGGAGACAGGUGGCCGUGUCACCUCCUUACGUGGUAUACAUGCUCCCCGAUGCCGACAUUAUGGAAGAUUGGCGACUAGUUAGGAAAUUGCUUGAGAGAGCUGAUUAA